AUGAUCAUACUGGUCAGAGCACAGUCACAAGGGGGAGCACAGGAUAUCACUGGUCACUGGUCAGAGCACAGUCACAAGGGGGAGCACAGGCUAUCACUGGUCAGAUCACAGUCACAAGGGGGGAGCACAGGAUCAUACUGGUCAGAUCACAGUCACAAGGGGGAGCACAGGAUCAUACUGGUCAGAGCACAGUCCCAAGGGGGAGCACAGGAUCACACUGGUCAGAGCAGAGUCACAAGGGGGGAGCACAGGAUCACACUGGUCAGAGCACAGUCACAAGGGGGAGCACAGGAUCAUACUGGUCAGAGCACAGUCAUAGGGGGCACAGCACAGGAUAUCACUGAUCAUAUCACAGUCAUAAGGGAGGAGCCCAGGAUCAUACUGAUCAGAGCACAGUCACAGGGGAGGGGGGUGCACAGGAUCAAAAAAGUCAGAGCACAGUCACAAGGGGAGCAAAGGAUAUCACUGGUCAGAGCACAGUCACAAGAGGGGCACAGGAUCACACUGGUCAGAACACAGUCACAAGGGGGAGCACAGGAUCAUAAUGGUCAGAGCACAGUCACAAGGGGGGAGAACAGGAUCACACUGGUCAGAACACAGUCACAAGGGGAGCACAGGAUCAUACUGGUCAGAUCACAGUCACAAGGGGAGCGCACAGGAUCACACUGGUCAGCCCACAGUCACAAGGGGAGCACAGGAUCAUACUGGUCAGCCCACAGUCACAAGGGGGGAGCACAAGAUCACACUGGUCAGAGCACAGUCACAAGGGGGAGAACAGGAUCGUACUGGUCAGAGCACAGUCACAAGGGGAGCACAGGAUCAAACUGGUCAGAGCACAGUAACAAGGGGGGCACAGGCUCAUACUGGUCAGAGCAAAGUCACAAGGGGGGAAACAGGAUCACACUGGUCAAACCACAGUCACAAGGGGGGGUCACAGGAUCAUACUGGUCAGAGCAAAGUCACAAGGGGAGCACAGGAUCAAACUGGUCAAAGCAAAGUCACAAGGGGGGAGCACAGGAUCAUACUGGUCAAACCACAGUCAUAAGGGGGGUCACAGGAUCAAACUGGUCAGAGCACAGUCACAAGGGGAGCACAGGAUCACACUGGUCAAAGCACAGUCACAAGGGGGGAGCACAGGAUCACACUGGUCAGAGCAGAGUCACAAGGGGGGAGAACAGGAUCAUAUUGGUCAAAGCACAGUCACAAGGGGGGAGCACAGGAUAUCACUGA